GAGGCGAAGAGCUGCACCGAAACCUAGCAAAGGAAGGCGAUAAAAACCCUGCAGAAACGAAAGAUUACUUCUUAAAUGUGUAAAUAAACUCCGCAGGUUGAACAAACGUCGCCGUUUGAGGACUAAUUUGCAUAAAGUCCGCGUGAAGCUGUGUUAUUGUUAUCAGACGGCGUUACACCCUGUCAGGUUUCCCACCUGUGAGACAGCUGAUGUCAGGAGCCGGGGAUUUUAAUCUCACACUCACAGACAGGCUCAGAUGACAGCUGUUCAAACCUGGAAAUAUUAAACGUCAGAACUAAAAUAAGCUAAAAGUCACGGCUGUCAGCUUCUUUGGCAGGUUUGCUUUCCGGUGUUUCGAUGUUUGCUGCACCUUUUGAUUUAGCAGCGCUCUAACACACAGGCUGUCCACUUUACUGGAGCUCUUUAUUCCCAAAUCCAGCUUCUUAUAACCUCCACUUCAUGUCGGAUUUAAUCUGUUUGAGUUUGAGCUCAUAACAGUGUGCAGAAGCUCUUUUUCACUCUUCAGCAGCUCAUUCAUAUUCUCUUUAUCCUCAUUAUUUAUUCAUGUGUUCACAGCAGGACUCAAGUCAUUCACUCUCCAUAUUAAUGCAAACAUCUGUCGCUCAAAGCUGCAGCACCUGCCUCUAACCUUCACACUCAGUGCUUACAGGCUGAAUAUUUUAACUGUUUAAUAGCUUUAUGCCAGCAGUCAGCACUCUUUGGUGGAUCCUUAAUGCCUUUAAUUGAACUUCUGUCCACCAGCUAAGAGUCAUAUCUCAUAAUGGAUCCCAGCCUCCUGUAGCUCAGCCCCUCACCGACACGGUGUGGCCUCAGGGUGUAGCGGUGGCAGACAAUCAAACCCUGCAGUCAUGCUGUCUGGGGUGCAGCCGUGCUUCCAGCUGCUUCGGAUCGGCUCAUCAGCUGGAGACUCGGCCAGGGACUUGUACACGUUCAGGCCGGCGCUGAACCACUCUGUGUUUCGUCUGGGCCGAGCGGCCGAGCUGUGUGACGUCACGCUGGACUCCACAUCAGUGUCCCGGAUCCACGCCGAGCUGCACGCUGAGAGGGAGGCGAGUGGAGCUGACGCGGCGCCACAUGAAGAGGGCUGGAGGGUUCGCAUCAAGGACAGGAGCAGCCAUGGCACCUGGGUCAACGAGGUCCGCCUCCAGCCUGGCAUCCAGUGGGAGCUCUCAGACAACGACACGCUGACCUUCGGUGGACAGUCUACUUCAGGAAGUCCAGAGUUCUACUUCCUCUUCCAGAAAGUCAAAGUUCGGCCUCUAGAUUUUGAUGCCAUCACGAUUCCUAAGGCGGGGACAUUCUCCUCAGACCUACAAAACCGAAUCAGAACCAACCUGGACCGGAAGGUGGCCGCUAAUCUGGAUCUUUCCAAGCUGUCCAUCAACCGGGCCACGGUCAUCCUGAACUCCAUCGGCAGUCUGAGUAAGAUGAAGGGCAGCGCCUGGACCUUUAAGAGGAGCCACAGCCACGACGGAGCGGCCUCAGACCCGGGCUCCUCCUCCUCGCCCCCUCUGGCUGUGGGCUUCUCCUCUCUGCUCCCCCCUUCUACCCCUCCAUCCUUCUCCUCCACAGCCGCAGUGCCUUCAGCUAAGUCUCUCCAGCCGACCUCCAGGAGCAGGAGGAAGUCGGCUCACACGGUGCUGCUGGAGGACGACAGCUCAGACGAGCCCAGGAGUCGAGGAGCUCUAUCAGGAGUUGUGGAGGAUGGACAGAGAGUGAGGGCGAAGAAGAGGCGGCGGCUCUACAAGUCUGAGUCUGAUGGUUUCAGCUCUCCUCCUCUGCCGCUGCAGCCAAAGAGCCACACUGAAAUCCGGCGCCCCCUGGAGGCCAAGCCCUUCCCCGUUGGCAUCCGGACCAUUGGAAGUUUCCACGGCGCCAUGACCAAUAGCCGACUCAACCACCAGCUCCUGCAGGCGUCAUACACAAACCCUGCCGUGACCAAGCAGGAGGUGCAGACAGUGCACCGGGUCCAGACAGUGAUGCACGGCAACAUCGCGGCUUUCCGCCAGCAGAAACCCAUCCACUGUCUGCCGACAGCGCAGAGAGGCAGGCGGAGGGCGAACAGCUCGCCUGUUUUCUCCCCUCUGGUGGUCGGAGGGGAGAACUACAGCCUGGCCUCCCCGUCAGUGAGGAUCCGUGCUGAGGAGAGAGGCAGAGUGACGUUCAACAGAUAUCACCACCAAACAAGCAAGCGACGAGGACGCCCCAGAAAGCACCCUCUCCCUCCUCGACCCUCGCUGCCCUCUCCAUCCUCCUCCUCUUCAUCAUCAACCUCCUCAGCCUCCUCCUCCUCCGGUUCCUCUUCUUCCUCCUCCUCUGACGAAGAUGAUGAAGAUGAAGAGGAGGAGGAUGGAGUAACAGGCGGGGCGGUGGAGCCCUGUGCCGCCCCUCGAUGCCGGCUGCCCCAGCAGGACACGGUGCAGUGGAUCCAGUGCGAUGUCUGCGACGCCUGGUAUCACAUAGACUGUCUCCACGUGGACCGCAAGAAGCUGCUGAAGGACCCCAACGCAGACUUCCACUGCGGAUGUCGCUGAUUUGACAGGUAGCCAAUCAAAUGCUCCUGUUUAGACUUUACUAGUGACUCCAUUUCUCCUUAAAACUUCCGUUUUCUGCAGCAACUCUUGCGGAAAUCCGACUUCUCUUUGAAGACCUGCUGCUACUUUUCCUCCUGUCCACUGAGCUGCUCUACUCACGCAUGCAGUUAUUCUCUCUUACCUCAACACAAGCUUGCAAGAAUUGGAAAAGAGUUGCCUCCAAUUUUCACAACCAGAUCUCUUCCUGAGUUUUAGGAUUCAGUCACACAGCUGCUUCACAAACUCCAGCCCACUCAGUUUUCAGGCUCAGGGUUUGAAAGGAGGCAGCAAAUCUGUAAUGAAAUGUCUCAGACUGGAUUUCAUUAUGGCUUUAGCUGCCUGGAGAGGAGCUACGGGGCGGGGAAACAUGAUGAAAUACUUCUAUGUAGACUCUUGGGUGGCUGUCGACGACCACGGGGGCAGGCUGCGUUCAGGAAGAUUAAUAAAAUGUUUCAGAUCAGGCUGCCACAGCAAAACUUUAUACAAGAAGAAAGGACAGAUGUAAAGAUGUGAAUGCAGCCACCAGGCCAUGACUAACCCUAUGUUUGCUCACAUUCUCAGUAAGAAAAAACAACCCUGCUUGUGCUUUCACCUCCUCAAUACCGUAGUAAAACUUUAUGAAAAGUCUCUGCCUCUCUCUCCGGCGGCGGCAGCUGUCGAGGAGUGGGCGUGUGAUGUUUCAAGACAAUUAAACAGCACAAAAAGUGUCAGCAGACUUCCACAGUGGCUGCUGAUGAGAGGUGCUCUCGGGAACGAUAAUCAGAUAUUUGAAGGCACUUCAGCAGAAGCAGCUGCUGGGUUUAAAGACGGAGGCUGACGUGCCUGCAGAGGGACUGUGUUGUUUAAAGACGUCUGGGUGCAGGCAGGCAGGCAGGCAGGGCGAGGACUCAUUACCAGGGAAAUGUUGGGAAAUAAAAACGGCUGAUGAAACGAGGUGAUCAGAUUCUGAAAGUGAUGUAAGUGAUGUAAUGGCAAAGGAAAAAGUCUUUAGAGUCUCUUCACACUACUGAAGUAUUGAGCCAAAGUGCUGCCGAGUGGACGUGCCCGUACUUUAGCUCACAUGCCACUUAAGUGAAAAAAGUCAAAGCGUAAUAACUCCAAAUUCCUCUUUAAGCACCUUUUUCUAUUGAAUUUUUACUUGGUGAAGACAUGGACAAAAGCAGCAGUAGAUGUUUAAAUUCUGCAGCUUUUUUUCAGUCUCCGACUCAGAAUUCAGAGAAAUGUAAUAUGAUGUACGUCUAGGCUGGUGUUGUCUUAAAAUUUUGACUUUUCUCACAAUGCUUUGACAAACCUGCAGGUUUUACAUGAGAGGAAACUAAUCAGGUUCUGGGGGAGAAGAUUCUUGAGCAAUAAAAUUAGAAAACUUAAAAAAAAAAGUUCACUUUUUUGUCCUUUUGAUGUAAAGACAAGAUCAUAAAACAGGUUUGACAUCAGUCUUAAAUUUGAGUGGAUUAAUUUAAAAUCAAAAACAUGUAAUCCAUGAAAGCGUGUUUAAUGUAUUAAAUGAAUGUAGUUUGUAUAUCACAUCGGUUUUAACGACAUAUCACACGAAAAUAAUACUUUUAAACAUGAACAGGUUGCAUCAGUGUAGUAAUGCAAUACCAGCUCUAUAGGAAUGAAUAGCGUUUACAGAUGUUUGGUGGCUUUGUGCAGUCUCUACUCAAAUGUGAAAGAAAAAACAUUCAUUUUUUCUCUGAUGACCUUCAGUUAGAUUUGUUCUGUAUGUCUGAAAAAUGUGUUUUUAUUUUUGUCUGGGAGCAUGCAUGUUUUUGUGCUGUACAGAUUUUAAUGCCUGUUUUUCUGAUACUUAAAAAGAAAAAGAAAGUGCUGUCUCUACCACUUCAGUCGUCAUCACUCAGUGUGAGCUCUCCUGCUUUAUUGCAUCGUGCCCAACAGUUGUAAACACUUGUAAAAAGGAUGUUUUUUUUCAGUUGGAUAGGUGCUGAAACAUAAAGAGAGGGUGAUAAUUUUAAUCUAAGAGGAAGUGUGAAACAUAACAAGAAGAAAUAGAGCGUUUAAUUGGGAAGGCUGUUUGUCAGUGCUAAAUACUCGCAGGAUGUAAAACUUCACUUUGGUGUCUCAUAAGAACCAUCAUAAGAACAUUUAGACUGGAGGAUAAGUUUUCUUUAGGACCAUCGUGAGUUCUGCAGGUUUAGCCAAAUGUUAGCAUCUAAUUUCAAGAUCCUUAAAAUGAUCAUUCUUAGUUCAAAAAUUCAGUAAGUUCAUUUGUCUUCUAAUUUUGAUAACUUGUUUCUUUUUUUCAGACAAACUUGACAAAAUUGUAGGAGAUGUUUUUUUACCUUGACAUGUUUCGACUGCAUCACUUGACCACCUGACCCUGACAGGUCUACCAGGCUGGUCUCUAGAGGAGAGAGUCCCAGGUUUGGGAGAGCAUGAUUGCUUUCUCAUCCUGGUUGAUGGUGUCUUUUCCUGCUUCCUGAUAUUAGGCUGUUAAUAUCAGGAAGCGGGAAAAAGACAGAUGACGCUUCUGAGGAGGAAUGCAGUUGACAGUCGAAACGUGUCAAGGUAAAAAAUGAUCUCUUACGAUUAGUUUGUCUGGAAAAAAACACAAGAUAAGCAUUCAUAGCUCACUUUAUCCAAAAUACUCUAUGUGGUCUAUAGGGCUGUUAAAAGAUGAUAUUUUUAAUCACAGUUAAUCUCAGGAUUUCUGUAUUUAAUCGCAUCCAUUACUGUCCUGACCUGAGGGUAACUGACUUUCUGUUUGGAUACAGACCUGCUUUUAUUGGUUGCGGAUUUAACAUGAAUGUAACCACAGAAAAAGGAAUUUGUUAUGGAUCAUUAGUAAACACAAGGUGGAGAUGACUCUCCACUGAGCUGUCUGAGAGUUUCUAAACUAAAAUGGGACGUUAAGGAGCAGUGGUGGAUUUAUCUUGUCUCUGUUGCUGCAGGUAGAUACAACCAAAGUGCUAAAAAACCCAACAGCACGAGAGUAAUCAUGAUUUAACAAAAGUAAGUGCACUAGUUGUGGACCUUGAUUAAUCACAAUUAAUGCAAUUAAUCUUGACAGCCCUAGUGGUCACCUAAAACCACUUAUCACAAACAGCAUCAACUCCUGAAGCUAUGAAAAAUAAAAUGCAAAAUAUUUUUCAGGGUUCCUGCAGAUUCUUAAAUCUUUCUUUAGUCAGAGCAUUUACAUUUGAAGUCAUAAAAUGUCUCAAAGUUUUACUGGUGAGAGUUAGCCUCCAUUUUUAAGUUGGCCUCAAGAUUAGAAAUAAUGAAUGAAUGCAGCUUAAACAACCAUUAUUGUCAACAUGCAACAUAAGCAGACCCUAAUUUAAACUAAGGACUACAGGAAUCAAAAUCCUGCAUAAAAUUCAAGAAGCAUCAAUGCUAUGCAAAAUUAUUUGAUUUUACUUUAUCUGAAAAGUUUAAAAUUUAUUUUAAAACACUGCUGCAACCCUUUUUUUUUGUCCUAAACACAUGAGAGUGGAUCUUUUGCAUCAUAUUAAACAACAAAAUAGUUGCCCAUACUAAAUCAGCCUCCCUUAGCCUUUUUUCUAUCAAAGCACUAGGGAUGUAGCAGUAUUAAAAUCUCACAGUACAGUAACACCUCAGUAACAAGUCCACGGUACGGUGUUUAUUGCUGUAUGCAAAAAAAACCACACCCACAAAUUUUUUUCACAUAUUUUCAAAUAUUUUUGGGCAGUGUUAGGUAACAGUAACAGUGAACAGCUUAAACUAAAUUAUGUCCGUUUUCUUUUACUGCUGACUUCACGAGCAGAGCAAAGCAGACCAACAUGCUCCUGACCAAACUGACCAAAGAACCCUACCUUUAGUUAACAUUGCUGCAAGAAACUAAUAGUUUGUUUUAAUUUUUGGUGAGCCCUGUACAGAAAAUGGUACCUCCCCUCUCUUGCUGACUUUGUCCUGUACAUGCCUAAGUGGUUCUAAAAUUGUCCUGUCUUUAAAUAUGGGACAUAUGGCCACAGCAGUUUUGUAUCUGAUGUCAAAAUAACCCUCAGACUCUCCAGCAUAACCUUUUUAGUUGUAACUCAGAUAUAACUAAUUUGCAUAGCAAUGAUAAAAACAAGGGUUUAAAAAGUACUUGGACAUGUGCUGCAUAGAGAAGACCAAAAAUAAGCUCAAAACAAUAAAAGAUUAUCUUGCUGCACAGUUGAGGUUAAAUCUGCAUUUGAGGACCUGAUGGCAAGCCUAAAAAUAACAAGACAGAGCAUGUCAGUGUUUUCUUUAAUAGUUGAAACAUUUCCAUUUAUUUAGAAUCUUUUAACAUAAAUUCUAUAAGCCUAGACUUCUUGCCUUACUCUGCUUGUAAAAACAAAAAGGCUGGUAUGUUUUUGUAUCGAGGCAGAAAAGUUGAUUUCCAACCCUGAUGCCUUUCAUGGCCAAUCUGGAUACCAUCUUUAUCCACCAGGGGGCCACAGCUCACAAUUCAGGAGUCACUUGUGUUCCAAAUGAACCCAAACUUAACUUUAAAUAUGAAUUUUUCUGAUUUGAUUUUUUAAGAUCAUUUUUAUCUUUAGAUUUUAUUAUUUUUGGACUAAAAUGAGCGGACUCAUUUGAUAUUUUUCAAAUGUAACAAACUCAAAUCUGUAGUUGACACAUAUUUCGAAACAACACUAGUAAAGCUUCCACUGGAAACUUUAUCACAGUACAAAAAUCAAAUGUUUAACUUACAGGAUUUUCCUCAGCUACUUGCAAUAAUGAACUCUGUUUCCUUAAGGGGUUAAACAUUCACAGAUGGAGAUUCACACAGCCAAACUGAAGCACACCAGUUAUUUAAGGGCAUUUAUUUCAGUGCAUAGGACUAAUACUAGAUCGUGCCCUUCGUCUUCAUCAGAGUCAAAAUGUAAAGGUUUGAUCUGAGAACAGAAAACGACCUCCUUGACUCUGAUUGGCUGCUAGAGUGGAAGUUAACGAGGCAGUUAACCAAUAAUGUGACAGCACUGGUGCAGCCAUUUAAUACAACCCCCAAAUAUCAUAUUUACUAUAUAAACAAUUCAUAAUGUGACACUAGUACAGUUUACUUCUAGUAAACAUGCAGAGAUGACUCUGUCAGGAGGGUUUUACUUUUUAAAAUCGUACCUUUACUGUUCGACUGAUGAAGAUCAGUGCUGCUUUCAGCUGUAUAAAUCACCUGCAGUGACUGGAGUACUCUGGUGUUUCUGGGUUUUGCUUGGAGGACUCCACUGAAUCGUCUUUUUAAAUGAAACUUUUGUGUUAGUUUGGAGAAGAGAGUAGCCUCAUCAACAUUUAACCACAUAGUAGAGCAGAUAUCUGAUUAAUCAGCUUUUCAUACAUCUUUAACAACCCUGCAGCUCCUACAUCACCUCAGAGAGACAGCUUUCUCUUUUUUUUGUAAGGCUCUAACAGAUUAAAUCAAACAUGUUUUUGGUUGUUUUGCAGUUUACUAGAGUUUUUAAUGACAUCUGCUAAAUUUACAGAACUCAAGCACUGAUAUUUUACUGCGUUUACUAUUCCUGAUGUUAAAAAAGGCCACAUAGAUGGACAGUUUAUGAUAAAAGUGGCCUCAGUGAUGACUUUCAUCUCAAAGUGAAGGCUUAAUGUUUGAGGGAAUAUUUCAUAAAUCAGUUUCUUUCACACUACUUCAUUUUACUCAUAAAUGCAGAAACAGC